GUACUCACCACUAUACUCAGUCGCUCUUUUAACUUGCUUGCAGCUAGCAGUGUACUUGCUUACAUUGUUCUCUCUCUCUGUCUCAGGAAGAGUCUCAGAGUUUGUUACCAUCAAAAAUGCACUAUAUCACUAUUCCCUGUAGCGUUAUUUUGGACUCUGGACCCUUUGCAGAAUCAGAGCACAGUCUAGAACCUUCUUUACCUGCCGGCGCAGCCCCAGCGGCUGUGUCUACCUCACCUGGGUCUGUCACUGCUCCUGAACAAAAGGAAACACCAUCCACAAACAGAACUUCUCCACCACCCAGAGCUCCAACCACUGACCCUGUCUCACCAGGUACCAUUUACUCUCUGCCUACCCUGGACUAUUUCACCUGUGAUCCCUCAGGUCAGCCCGGGUCACCUCAGCAUUCAAGGCCCACUGUAGACGUUCCAGCAGUCCCUUCGACAGGGGUUUCUUCAUCACCAGGUCAUCUCGCUGCAGCAGAUGGUUCUGAUGUGGGUGCUACAGUGACAUCCGAGUCCAGUGCCACCAUAUUUUGGACCAGAUGUAAUGAGGCCGGGUGGACUAAAGAAAUCUUCUCAGAGCUCGUGUCUCAGCUGAGCAGCCUAGGAGAAAGAGUGCAGUCACAGAAAGCCAACCACCAAGAUUAUGAUGUUGCUCUCAAAGUAUUGGGGGCAUCUGGACGGCUGCCUUGCAUUAUUACUCAGCUGGAACAAGACCUGGAGAAAGAGGAACGGGAUUUGCGGAGGAAAGAAGCAGCACUGAGGGAUGCCAAAGCUGUACUAGAUGUUUAAUAUAAACAAUCUAAUAGAAUUAAGAUGUUUUAUUAUUUUUAGCAAUGAAUUUUUUCAAUGUUUAUUUUUUUAAGUCCAGAACAUUUCUGCAGUUUGCAUAUGUUAGAUGUUUUUUUUUAUGGGGGUUUACAGUAUGUCAGUGACCGAAAUAUCAUGAAAUAUGUCUGCAUAUGCCAUUUUGAUAGGAUCAUUCU